AUGGCUAAAGCCCAAGCUUACAUCGUAACGGGCGCCAGCAGCGGCAUCGGAGCCGCCAUCGCCCUCGCUCUCCUCGCCAAGGGCAACACCGUGAUCAACAUUGACCGGAAGGCGCCAACCUCUCCGCUCCCGAAUCUGCUCAGCUACGUCGCGGACUUGACAAACGAGGGGCAAGUCAAGGCAGUCGCCGAGCAGAUCGUGCAGUCGUAUUCCAUCAUCGGGCUAGUCAACAAUGCUGGUGCCACCAAGCCUGGCACGGUCGACACACAAACGACAGAUGACCUCGACUUCCUGUGCAACCUGCACUUGAAGGCAUCGCUCGUGCUUAUCCAGGCUGUGCUCCCGAGUAUGCGCGAAGCCGGCUUUGGACGGAUAGUCAUGAUGGCAUCGCGCGCUGCGCUUGGCAAGACGAACCGCAUAGCAUACUCUGCCACCAAGGCCGGCAUGAUCGGCAUGGCGCGUACGCUGGCAAUGGAGCUCGGCAAGGACGGCAUUACGGUGAACUCUCUGGCGCCCGGUCCAAUCGCGACAGAGCUUUUCAUGCAGUCCAACCCCGAGGGACACCCGAAUACCCAGAAGAUUAUCGACUCCAUCGUCGUCGGCCGUCUCGGAACACCAGAAGAUGUGGCGCGCGCAGCCAUGUUCUUCCUCGACCGCCAUAACGGGUUCGUCACUGGCCAGGUUCUCUACGUCUGUGGAGGCACAACACUCGGCGUCACCCCCGCUUAG